AUGGCAUCCCGAGGUGCUUCCUCGUCCGGGCAAGGGAAACAAAAGCGAGUGAAAAGGCAAAAACCUGACCUGCCCAGCUCCACGCUCUCCUCCCCCGACUCACUCAAGGCGUGGAGAUGUCGUUUCCGGAUAUCCGAGGCUGUAGAAUUCAUCCUGCCAGAAAAGAAUGACCGAGCUGACAAACCCCCUGAGAAUCACUUUACUUUGUACGAGGCGUUCUUUGAGCUUUGUUUUCUCUGGUUUCCGAUCCCCGGAGUUACCCUUGAGUACUUCUGGAAACACGGGAUCUCGAUCGGGCAGAUUAUGCCGAGGGGUCUGCGAUACAUGAUCGGCAUUCUAGUUCGAAGCUUUGAAUGCGGGCUCGACAUUGAAUUGAAUCAUCUGUUAAACUUGUUGGAGAUCAGAAAAGCUCCAAAGGGAGAUAGAUUUUAUAUCUCCAACAAGCCCAAUCGCCGGAUCAUAGGUGGUUUUCCAAGCAAAGAUCAGUUUUGGACCGAGCGCUUUUUCUAUGUCCUGGUGAACGAGGCGUCAGUUGGUGAGGAUUACGUUAAAAAAACUAAGACCGCUUGGGGACCACUUGGUAGCCGAAGCUUUGCCUCGGCUCGGAACUGUUAUGUUCGGAGCAUUCUUCCCCCAAUUCCCGACGACCUCUUUGUUGUUCGAGAUUCUCUCGCGGCCCGGAGAGUUAAUUGGAGGAAGCAUUUUACAUUUGAGAGAGUGGAAAGAGAGCAAGCCAUUCUUGCCGGAGUUCCUGUUAGCUCUUCAUCUUCAAAUUCCUCAGGAGACACAAGGGAGAAAAUGGUGAUCAUUACUCUUAGAGAUAAAAAGAGGCAUGAAGAAGAAGAGGCUGCGAGACGAGCCGCUGAGGCGGCUCGAACAAAGGCCGAGGCUGUCCCUCAAGACAAUCCGCCGAGCCGUGAUGAUGAAGGCGCGACCCGAGCUGUGGGGGCAAACGUUGUCGAGGCGAACGAGAAAGAAGUGGCGCCCGAGGUGGAACCGGGUGAAAUCAUUCCCGAGGCGCCCAAAGAUGACUCCGCGGCGCGGAAUAACACUCCUUCCAACUCGGCUAGUUUGGCUCUUCCAAAGUCAUCGAGGCCCCCGGCUUCGCAUCUUCAGAAGCACGAUUCCGGUCAAAAACGUUCGGCCGCUGAUAAAGGGAAAGGCGUGGCUGUUCAAAAAGACGAGCCGCCUAAGAAGAAACGCAAGCCGGCGUCUGACGAUCCCGCUUCGCACAAAUUGGUCGUCGACGACCCAGACGCCUCAGCGGUGAUGUUCUCGCGUGUCAACAAUGCUAACACACGUCUUCCUCCUCCUGAGAAGCUGAGGAGACCAAGGUCUUAUGGCGCGAUGGCACAACGCGGCACCAAGUUUGUAGCGGCCAUCAACGAGCUGAUGGCUGAGUACGAGGCGGACCUGUCCAAGGUCGAACGUCGCCUGGACGAGGCUCGGAACGAGACCGCGGCGGCGAAGGGGAAGCUGGACGAGGCGAUGACCAGGGUGUCGAGGCUGGAAGAGGAGAAGAUAGUUCUUCGUGCUGAUAUCGACAAGGUUUCCGCCUCGGUCAUUCGCCUCGAGGUGGCCAGGAGAGCCAAAAGCGCCGAGGUGGUGUUGCUUAAGAGGCGUAUCGAGGCCAAAGAUGCCUUGUUUGAUGCUAAGGUCAAGCGUACGAAGAAGGAAACGAGGCGAGAACUGACGGCUAAGUUUCAGGAACGCCUCGCCAAGGUGGAGGAAGGUCUAGCCAAGCUCAAGAAGGCUAAAACCGACGAGAAUGAGCUGGGGCAGAUCAAGGGCAAUCUUGCUAUGAUCAAUGACCUGAGGAAACUGGAUGGCCCAACACUUGAUGAUGAGGAGGCGAAGCUAAAAGAUUGGGAGAGCAAAUACGUCGAUGACGAGGCGUAUGAUCGCAUUGCCUCCGUGGUGAGCUUGUCUUCUUACCCGUGUCGCCGGACUCCGUAG